AUGGCGCAGGGGGCGAGGCAGGCGCGGCUCCGGGCUCGCCCUUGGGGUGAGCUCCCCGCUCCCUGGAGCUCGGCCCCCCGGAACCCCGCGCUGUCGGGACCGGCCCUUGGGCUCCGGGGAGGGCGGGCCUGGCUGGGGGGGCGGGGGCGGGGCCACGUGACGGGCGCGGCCAAUCACCGCGGGACCCGGGGCGCGGGCGUGGCCGGGGAGCGCUGGGGGCCCGAGCCCCGCCCCGCACGCGCGCGCCUACCUGGCCCAGGUGCGCGCCCCGCCUGGCUCCGCGGCCGGGCGCGCGGGAGGGAGCCGGCCCGGGCGCAGCCCCCCAUGGAGCCCUCGGGGAGCCGGGCCCCGGAGCCGGGGCGGCCGCACAUCCCGGCGGGGCAGCGACGGCCCGAGCCCCCCGAGAGCAGCCCGAGCCCGGCUCCCGCGGUGGAGGAGGCGGGGGGCGCGGGCCGGGACCCCGCGGGCGGGCAGAGGCCGCCGCCCCCGCGCCCCGCGCUCCUGCGGGUGCCGCCCCCCAGCCUGGGCUACGGCGCGUUCCGCCGGCAGGUGUCCGCGGGCGCCGAGCCGCCGUCGCCCCUCGCCGCCCAGCCGCCCCGGGACGCCGAGGCGGCGGGGCCCGAGCCGGCGCCGGGGGAGGCGGCCGCGGGGGGCUGGGCCCCCGUGGAGCUGCAGGUGGACGUGCGCGUGACGCCCGUGGGCGCGGCGGGGGGCAGCCGCGCACCCUCGCCCGCGCCGUCCACGCGCUUCCUCGCGGUGCCGGUGCCCGAGUCCCCGGCCCGCCCCACGUGGGGCCGCGGCGAGGGGCUCGCGGCGCCCCCGGGCGCCCCCGCGGGCCGCUGCCGCUGCGGGGAGCUGGGGCUGGAGGAGCUCGCGGUGCUGCUGCAGCGCGCGGAGACCGACGCCGCCGCCGCGAAGCUGCCCCGGGCGAUCCGGCGCGUAGGGCUACCCGUGUACCUGAGGUCCCUGCAGUGGGCCCUGGCGAUCGUGACUGUUUUCCUGGCUGUGUCCGCGGUGGCUAUCGUGGCCCUGGCCUCCAGAGUAGGGGCCAGCUGCCAGCCAUGCCCCACGGGCUGGAUGUGGUCCGACGAGCACUGCUACUACCUGUCCACUGAAGCGCAGGCCUGGGAGGCCAGCCAAGCCUUCUGCUCAGCCCACCAAGCCACCCUCCCCCUGCUGAGUCACACCCAGGACUUCCUGAGCAGAUACCCAGUCACCAAGUAUUCCUGGGUUGGGGCCCGGCGAGGCUCCCAGGGCUGGCACUGGAUCGACGGGGCUCCCCUGCCGCCCCCGCUAUUCUCGGAGGAAGACAAGGACCAGCCGGAUCUCCACUGCGUGGGCCUGCAGGGGGGCAAACUUGUGGCUUUUGACUGUGCCUCUCUGAGACCCUGGGUCUGUGUUAAGGGCACCGAGUGAUUUGGGUUCCAUCCAUCCUGAGCCUGUUGGGGGGCGCAGGCCCGACCGCCACCCUGGAGGCCAGGUGGUGAGCUGGGACAGCCUGACCCCUGGGAGCCUCCGGAGGCCUUGCUGAGUGAACCACGGGGCCUUCAAGGGGCCCCUAGAGCCCAGGCCAGAUAAAGCCGUGACCAGCAGUGACAGAUCCACUUUGGAGAGCAGCCGGGCUGGAGCCCACAGGCCCUCCCUGCUCGCUGCAGAUGAGCUGGGGGCUCCGGUGCGUGCGGCAAGGCUCGCUGCUUGGUGUCCCGCGGAGAAGGUGGUUGUGGGGUCCCACAGCAGCUACCACCCGGGGCAGCCACGUGUGCUCCAGGUUUCGUGCCUGAGCAGUGGACGUGCACCAGCGCGCGACACCCCACCACAGCGAGUUGUGGGCUGGUGUGGACUCUGGGUUACAAGUCACCAGAUGGCAGUAAACCAAGCAGAAAGGGGACUGGCCGGUUAGAAGGCUCCUGAAGGAUCUCAGCAAGGCCGACAGAGGAGGGCCCUGCUUCGCAAACACGCUGCCUCCUCCUCGGAUGUGGCCUGGGUCGGCUCCUCAAGAACUGAUGCGACCAGCACUCGGCGUGUGUGUCCUCAUUCAAGAGCCGCGGGCCGGGCCGGAAACGCCUCUUACAGGAAGGCCUCGACGGCCUCAGGAGGCGCGGUGCCCGCUCUGGACCUCGCCGCUGGCCGGGUGGCUUCCCACUGUUACCAACACGGGGACUUCCACUCUGCACUAAAAUCCGGCCUCAGCGUGCAGAGGGCGAGCUCCCUGACGAGGACGGGGUGAAGGGGCGACAGCAGGGGUCUGGGAGACACGCAUUCUUAUCCCCACGUCACAAGUGAGGCUCAAAGGAAAUCAGCCAUUCGCACCACAGAGUUGUGGUUAAGCGCCCAGGCCCUGCAGGAGCUUUGAAUGGACGUUUCAGCUGAGACACACAAAGGAAAGGCGCACACAACAAAGCAGCAGCUCACACCGGCGUCUACUCAGACAUCGAAAGGAGAGAAUUCCUGCCACACAACGUGGAUGGCUCUCCCGAACUGACCGUUCCGUUUACAUCAGCUUCUGGAAAAGACAAAUGACGGACAGCACCCGUAUUGCUGGGCCGGGGGCUGGGGAGUGAGUGAUGAAAUGGUUGGCAGGGGGGUCUGUUCUGUGUCACGAUGGUGGGGGUCCCACGAGAAACAUCUGUCAAAAUGCGUGGAUUCAAAGUCGCUGAAUUAUACCAACUAUACUUCAAUAAAGCCGAUGUUUUAACAAUAACAGGUAGUCGCUCUAAUGUUUUAGGCACCUCUACUGCUUCCAAUAAACUCAGUAAGGAGUGGCAGGCGCUAGAAUCCAGCUGGAUCCGAGUCCUCUGGGUCCUGUGUUUCAAGGCCACAUAUCCCAGGCUGGGGGUGCUCCUGCAGGGGUGCCGCUUAGAAUCACCUGUGGAGGCUGAACAAUGCCAGUGGCCAGCACCUGCCCAGAUGCCCAGGAUCAGAGUCUCAGGCGAGCAGCAUGCCCAGGGAGCAGCGUUGUGCAUCUGGGACGAGGAUCAGUGACCUCUGGUGGCAGGCUGGCGGCAGCACCAGCCUUUGGCUCCAUCUGCCCGGCCUCUUUUCGCUGGAGCCCAGAUCUGUCCGGUCUUUCUCUGGAACGGGUAGUUACAGGCAGCCCUGAAGUCAAUGGAAUAUAGUCAGCAAGGGGCCUGGGUGAGCAACAGUUCAUCUUGAAUCUGCAUUUAUUUCCUUUGGUGCCUUGCACAGUAAGGCACUAUUAAUGAUACAACAGAAGAAAUGCCCACAGCAAAUAGUUCUAGUGACAAUUUACUGGACAAGUUUACAGCUUAAUGAUGGGGGUGGUGAUUGUGUCUUUCAUUUUAUUAUUUUUUUACAAUAAGGUGUAGCCUUUAUACUCCACACACACAAAAUAAAACAAGUGCUUAUGAAAAAGUCCCUUCCCCCACCCCCCUUUUCAAAACAUCUGAACAUAGCAAUUCAAUAGAACAGAAAA